AUGUUUCUUCUCUGGCUGUUUCCCUACCUAGCCGCUCUUGCAUUCCUUCUCCUUUGGCUGUUCUACGAGAACACUAAACGCUAUCCAAAAGGACCCCGUCCUUAUCCAUUCGUCGGCAACCUGCUUUCGCUAAACCUUCGCAAAAUCAAAAAGGACUUCGAUGAAUAUUCCAAGAAGUACGGUGGUGUGUUUACUGUAUGGCUGCCGAAACCUUACGUUGUCAUCACCAAACACGAACUUGUGAAGGAAGCUUUUUCCAAGAAA